GAGAAAGCUAACCGACCUUGGGGCACUUCGGACGCCGGCGUCAUGGAUCCGGUCAUAAUGCAGGAGCUGGCCCGCGCCGAGAGCCAGCAGGAUGCUGCGUCCCUGAAGAGGGCUUAUCAGUUGAUCAAGUCCGCCAACCUGGGGAAAUCAGAGCUUGACCCCACAGAAAGCUUCAGCCCCGACCUGUUUGUUUUGUGUGCAGAACAGGCCCUGAAGAUGGGGCAGCCUGAGGUGAGCGAGGACUGCAUCCGGAUGUACUUCAAGGUGAAGGGGCCGGUCACCCAGUUUCUGGGCCGAGCGCACCUGUGCAGGGCCCAGCUGUGUGCCCCCAAGUCCACCGAAAACAUGGAGGAAUUUGAAAAUUGCGUGACUCAGUAUAUGAAAGCAAUCAACUUUGCAAAAGGAGAACCAAGGUAUUACUUCCUGGCGUAUAACGCGUCGGUCCUCUACUGGCGAAUGGCGAGGCCAUUUCUCAAGCCUGGGUAUCAUCACCACCUGAUCCCCAGCCUCUCGCAAAUCGUGAGCGUGUUGAAUGAGACUGAGGAGGAGGACAAGGGCUGGCGGGCAGAGCUGAUGCUGGAGCUUCUGGAGUGUUAUCUACAAGCUGGAAAACACGAGGAGGCCGCGAAAUUUUGUGCCACCGCAGCACCGUUCAUCAAGGCUAACGCGCCACAGAAAUACCGACAAAUAUUUGCUCUCAUGGUCCGACAUGAAUUAAUGGAUGAGCUUCAGUUAAAGGAAGAAAAGAGGAGUUCUACUAGCCUGUCUGUCACUUUCCAGAUUAAUAUGCUAAAAGCAAAACUGGAUAAAAAUGAUUUAUCUGAAGAUAUCAACAGAAUUCUGAAGGAUACCUAUAAAUGUUUAAGUUAUUACAAUCACCAGCACUUUCCUUCGAUCAGAGAGGAAAAAAUUCUUUUGCUUUUUGAAUUAGCUCAUCUUUCUCUGAUCUUGAGAUGUGGGGAGAUCGCCUCUGACUGCCUCUCAGACUUGAAGAAGAUGGACAGCAAAGAUCCUGGGAAGCUAAUUGAAAUCGAAUGCCUGGAGUAUGAAUUGGAAGCGGUAAGACUUGCAGAUAAAAUUAAAGUCUACACCCGAGAGGCUGUGGCGACCCAGCUGAAUAUAGUACGGAGACUGGACACGGUGCUCCAGCGAGCUGUGCGCCUGGGCGACCCGCGGGUCAUCCAUGUGGUGUGUGCCACGCAGUGGGACACAUGCCUCCCGCUGCUGCAGCACGACCUGCGGCGCCCUCUGCGGAAGUCGCUGACCGCCAUCGCGGAGGUCCUGGAGAAGGUGGACAGGUGGCGGCCCUGGGCUGUUCCCCCGGGAGGGGGACAAGCGGGCGGGAGACCCUUGGGCCUCAUGGUCCUGUUCCGUUGCCAAGUGCACAUGGAGAUGGCGUACAUUGAGGAGGAUGAGGGCCGGCUGGAGGCCGCCAUGGCGCACCUGAAGAAGGCCAUGCUCCUGGACACCCUGGGCCUCCACCAGGACAAGCUCAAGAUGGCCUUCAACCGCCUGCAGCUCUGCGCCAUGCUGUACCAGGUCCCCGAGCGCGCCGAGGACAAGGCCACCUUGGCCAUUGAGCAGGCGAAAAAGGCGAUGCCCGAGGACGGUGUGCGCAAGAAGCGGGCGCUGCUGGUGAACGCGGGCCUGGCCCUGGCCCCUGACACCUUCCAGAUCGUGCUCGACAGCGAGAACGAGGCCAGAGUUUCCACCGGGAAAAAGCGGGGCCGCUUCACCCACCUGUACGCGAAGGCGCAGCACCACUCCCUCAGCGUGGACGAGGCCGCGGGGCACGUGCGGCGCCUGCGGGGCCGGAACGACAAGGAGAGGGUACAGAUCUGGGCCGAGCUGGCCACGGUGGCCCGGAAGCAGGGCGUGUGGGACGUGUGCCGGACGGCCAGCCGCUUCUGCCUCGCGUAUGACGUCGGCAAGGUGCAGUGGCAGGCGAGGCUCAAGCGAGGGAAGAAGAAGAAGGGCGAGGACGGCGCGGGGCAGGACUCCUCGGGCCAGUCGGACGCCACCCUGCAGAGGCAGGCGUCCCCCAGCCUGCUGCGCAAGUUCGCGGAGGUGGGGUUCAUCAACGCCGAGGCCACCGUCCACCUGCUGCGAUCGGAGGGCGUGCAGCUAAAUGACCGUCCCGCGCCCCCCGACGACCUGAGUCAGCACCCGGUGGGCUACGUGCCCGAGUCCCCAGAGGACGACGCCGAGUGGAUCACGUACCGGACCUGGAUAGAGGGCCUGUCGCAGUACGCCAUGAACAGCUGGCUGCGCUCGGCCGACAUCGGGCAGAAGCUACAGGAGGCGUGGAUCGUGCAGAACGCCGUGGUCUACGUCCUGAAUCAUAACCAGCACCUCCUCACAGCUGGGCGGCAGAGGGAGCUCGUGGACGCCUUGUACCACCUCCUGGGCACCGUCAAGGCCGUGGGCCACAGCGGAGACUUGGUACUGCUGGCAAUGCUCUGCAGCACCCUGGCGCGAGGCCUGAUCGCUGCCUGGAUCCCAGCCCCGCCGCCGGAGAAGUCUAGAAGACAAGCACGCGCACACCCACUUCACACGCCGCUGGACCCCGAGGCCGCCUCUGAAGUCAGGACCGCAGUGGAGGUCUGCGAGUUCGCCCUGAGCCUGACCAGCGGGACGCUGCCUGAGGAGGCGGUGCCCGUCAGCGCCCGGCAGCAGCUCGUUGCCACGUGGGUGAAGGCCAAGCAGCUGCUGCAGCAGCAGAUCGGGCCGCGCCUGGGCACGGACGAGCAGAGCACCAACGAGGACGUCAACUCGGUGACCAGAGUCCUCGUUGCUCUGGAGAUGUACUCCUGCAACGGGCUGGGCCUCAUGGACUUCACUGUGCCCCCCUUGGCUCAGCUGGUGAAGAUGGCCUCGGAGUGCAGCUGGUCGGACCCCCUUGUGGAGGUGCAGACCCUGACGCGGCUGGCCCACUUCACCUACGUGGCCCGGGACCACGAGGCCACCAUGGCCUGCUCGCAGAAGGCCAUCCAGAUAGGCAUGAAGCACCUGCAGGCCUGCAGUCCGGUGGAGGCUGAGCUGGUGGCCGAGGUGCUGAGCGCCGCAGCCUGCAUCCAGGGCAGGAGCAUUGUGGACGACCUCAAGGGCCGGAAGCAGCUGCGCCUGACGGCCGCCGAGGCCUUCACAGAGAGUGCGAGGUUUGGGGGCCUCGCGGGGAGCAGCGCCCUGGUCAUGCUGGCCGCCCGACACUUCUGGAACACCUGGCUCCCGCUGCUGUCCUCUGCCGUCAGCAGGAAGAAGUGCAAGAGUGCCACUCGGAGGGUCAUCAGCAUCAUCAACGAGACGGAGGCCAGAAAGCAGGAAGAAGGAAAGACGCUGCUUCUGCACCAGUGGCCCACAGCCGACUUCCAAAGUGGAGGGACGACGGAAGGGUGUCUUCUCUCAGGGGCCGAGGAUGACCUGACGCUGAGGGCCGCGCUCUACGGCCUGCUCUUCCACAGCCACGCCGACCAGGACGACUGGGAGGGCUGCCUCAAGGUGCUGGAUGAGGCCCUGCAGGUGCUGCCGGGGACGGCGCACCGCCUCUUGAUUUUCAAACACAUGGUCAUCGUGAAGGCCAGACUCGGCCAGAGCUUUAUGAUGGAAAUUCAGAAAUUCAAAGACCAGAGUGAGGAGUACCUGGCACACACGCCGCAGCGCCUGGCCCUCAACUCCAGCAGUGUCCCCGGGGAGCUGACCUGCUACCCCCACGCCAUCCAGGCCCUGCAGAAGCCAGAGAGUGAGUGGCAGAAGGUCGACUACAUCAUGGAAUUCAGCGAGUGGCUGUACCACAAACAGUUUCCUCUUGAAGACGUGAUCUUCCACCUGAAGUGGGCGAUCGACAUCCUGCUGAGGAUGCAGCCCGACAGGGGCUCCCCUGAGCCGGCAGAAGAGCAGGUGUCCACUCCGGCGGCCCCGGAGGGCCCGGGGGCCGAGGACUCGGGGCCCCCCUCCCUGGAGAAGCUUCGGAAUGUACGGCAGCUUGAGACGCUGGCCCGCGCCUACACGCUGCUGGCCCUGGUGGUGACCCCGAGCGCCGCCUGCCACCAGGACUACUGCCUCAUGGCCUACACCUUUCUCCGCCGCAUCUGGCAGGUUUCUUUAUUAACAGCAGGAAAAUCAAUUUCAGAAAGUAGAAUUCCAGCAGCAGCGAGUUCACAUUCGUUGUUGCUUCAAAAGGAGAAGGAGAAGAGCAAAGACAGAGAAAAAGACAAGGACAGAGAGAAGGACAAGGGCAGAGAGAAGGACAAGGGCAGGGACACGAAGCAGUUUCAAAGCCCCACUCCUGGCAAACGCCUUGAAGACGUACCAGCAAGCAUAGAAGAGUGGGCUUCCUACGCUUGCCCCGAAGAAGCCAUAGCAGUAUUCAAACAGGAUCAGAGCAACUUUGCCGUCAACCCGUCAACUCUCCAGAAGCCGACGUACAGUUUAUACUAUCUGGACCACUUGGUCGAGGCCCUGCAGAAGGUGUUCCUUCACGAGCUCACCAUCCCGGUCCUGCAGCUGGGGGCACUCAUUGCAGCCUCCGUGGUCGAGAGCAAGAGCCUCAAGGACCUCUACCACCUCCGACUUGCCCUGGUUUGUUCUGAUCUGAAGUUGAGGGAAGCAGCCGCUUUCCACGAGGAGGUGGUCGGGCACGCCUACAUCUGCGCAGCGGAGCAGGCGAGCUGCAGAAAAGAAAUUGCCUUGAAAAAGGAGAAAAAUAAGGAACCUCUAUUAGAAGAAAGUCUGCCAACACUGAGCGAGCCCCCCACUCCAGCCCAGCAAGCAGAGAUGAAGCCCCUCGUAGCAAAGGAUAAGACUUUGAAGGUAGACGGAGAGACCGGCAGGGGCCUGGAUGGAAUGUCCUUCCCGCAGUUGUGGACCCUCAAGGCUGAAGUCCUGCUGGAGAUGGACCUGUACCAGCCUGCGCGGCUGCUCCUGUCAGAGGCGUACCUGGCCUUCCAGGAGCUCGACGAUCCUUGUGCAGAAUCGAAAUGCCUGCACCUGUUGGCACGGUUGGCAAAUAAGGAAAAGAAGUACGGGCAAGCUAGGAAGAUGAUCGAGAGGGCCCAGCGCCUGGCGGGGAGUGAGCAGUUCUGGUACGAUUCCACCCUGACCCUGGCGGACACGCUCCUGUCCACUGAGAACGAGAGGAGAGAGGCAGUGGUCUGCCAGCUGUUCCAGAAGCUCAUAGAUACCUUCAACGUUCUUAAGAAGGAGAGAUCGAACCGAAUGCCCAUAUUGGAAUUCAUGACCACAGACCUAGAAGCCAGGUGUGUGAGCCUCCAGAUCAAAGCCGUCCUGGAGCCGGUGGGCUGUGAGCCCCUCCAGAACUCGUUUCUGCUGAUGGAAAUGGAUGAUCGCUUGUUGGAAAUUGAGGAAAAGUUUACCAACAUUGGCCGCAAGGAGAAGUGUGUGGACAUCAAGCUGGAGCGCGCCAAAAUGAAGAGGUUAUCUGCCCAAAAUGAGAAAGAUGAAGAACGGAAAACUGCAUGUUACUUGGAAGCAUACGACCUGGUCCAGAGAGCUGCUGCCGAAGAGGAAGAGCAAUUUCACCGUAUUCAGGGCUUACUGUCCCUUCAGGGUUUGCAGAACGUCAGCACCCCUCGGAUGAGGAGGCUGGCGCACCUCAAGCUCAGCCUCGUGGAGGUGUGUCUGGACACGCUCCAGCUCACGUGGGAGGAGACGCUGGAGCGGCAGGUGGAGCGGGGCUCUGUGCACAAGCUGCUGGCCGACUACCUGCACAGCCCCAGCGACUACACUUCUGUCGGCCUGAAGUGGUUCACCCUGAAGCGGACCCUGGCGCACACCGUGCUGGCCCAGCUGGGGAGCUUGCGGCCACUGUGCGCCGGCUGCGUGGAGCUCCGCGCCCAGCUCCUGGGCCUGGCCGGGAAGGCCCUGCACCUGUUGGCCGUGCACACAGACCCCCUGCGCCCCGCCUUCUACUGGGAGGAGAGCCUCUUGGGGGGCGCUGAGCUGAGCAGCCUCAAGUGUCUGGAGGUCAUCCAGGAGGAUGAGGAGCGCGAGGGGCCCUACGGCGACCUGCUGGCCUUCAGGGCCACCCCCGAGGAGCACGGCGGGAAAGGCUGGGAUCUGAAGAGGAGGAUGGCGCUGGCCCGGCGCUACCUGGCCCAGGCGUCCGAGGUGCUGCUGCAGUGCCUGCAGGUAGCCCUGGGCGGCAACCUCCUGGACAUCGCCGCAGCCGCCAGCCUGGAGAUGGUGGGGUGUGUCGGCACCCUGGACCCCGCGGCCACCUGCCAGUUCCUGGCGCUGUCUCAGAGCUGCUCGGCCUCGGAGGGGAUGCGAGAUGUCCUGCUCACGGCCACGGCCAGCACCAGCAGCUCCCAGCUGGCCGCGCUGCUGCAGCUCCAGCACAGGCUGAGGCGCCAGGAGAGGACGUCCACCAGCCUGUUUGCCAGCGUGGAGCAGAGACUGGCUGCCAUAUCCAAGGCUUGGCAGAAUCUCCGGGUCACCGAAGAGCAUUUUAACUUCUUGAGUGAAAUCCCUCCCACUUUUCGGAUCCUCUUUCUGCACCACUCACGGGACAGGACCCAUCUGUACGGCGCUGCCUACGAGAAACCCAAGCUCAUCCCUGCAGCCAAAGGCAAAGCGCUCCAGGUCGGGGGCUCCUGCAAGGUGGCUCGGGUGGCCGUGAGCCCGGCCGCCUUCUCCUCCCUGUUGGCCAGUGCCCGGCGUUUCCGGGAGCACGCCCAGGCCGAGGCGCACAGUGAGGACACGGCCCCGAGCCCAGGCUUGGAGUCAGAAGGCGUGCCCCUGAGAAGGGAAGAACACUCUCUGCAGAGGUUCGCGGAGGUCGUGAAGCCCAUGGAGGAGUAUCUGAGGCCGCUCUUCCCGCUGCUUAGCUGCCCCCCGGAAGCCAGAGCACCGAUUCCCACAGUUGUUGGGGAUUUGGGAAAAUACAAGGGCAAAGACAAGGAGAGGAAAGUGUCCCUGCCGCAGGUGCAGCCCGAGGUCGCAGACGACGUCAUCCUGAUCGCUGACAGGCAUCUUCUGGAGCUGCCGUUAGAAGGUCUCUCUGUGUUCGAUGAAGGGAUGGUCUCCUCCGUGUCACGGGAGUUUUCUCUCCAGAUGCUGUGGAACCGCCUGCAUAGAAAGGAGACGGAAGGGAACGUGAAAAAGGAGAGCAGAGGUAAAGAUCACAGAAAGAGAGGCUUAGCAAAGAAGGGAGCAAAGGGCACCGUGUCCCGGAUCAUCCCCCCCCACUGCAUCACGGUCGAUGCGGACAACUUCAGAUUCGCUGUGGACCCCUACGAGGAGGCCCGGGGCCCAGAAAUGCUGACUCCUGUCUCCGUGACCCGAGAAAUUUUGGAAAGAUUCCGAGACACGUUCACUGCGAGAUGGGCGGGGCAUCUGGGGAAUAAGCAGUUUCCCAGCCAGGCCGAGUGGGAGCAGCUCCUGGGCAGCUGCGGAGGCUUUUUCUUCUACGGGAUGGAGAGCUUCCUGUCCCACAUAUUGGUAGAAAGGUUGGCCGCCAUGAACUUAGAAGAGUGCCAGAUGGUGGUCCUGCUGGACCUGGCGCGGUCCUACGAGAGCAUGCGGCGCCACGUGGAGUCCUCGGAGAGCAAGAGGUGCCCGGGGUCCCCUCCGCUCGGUCUCAAGCCUGCAGCCUGGCCUCCGGCAGCUGACGAGGAACCUGGGGGCGGCAUAUGAGCCACGGCUGUCCGCCUGGGGCGUUGUCCUUGCACCCCCUGGGCAGCUGGGAUGCCGUGAUCCGGCCCCCAGACCCUGCCCUGGCAAAGUCCCGGGGUCGGGGGAUGGGCAGUGCCAGCACAGACCACGGGCCUGGCUGGAACUUCAGGCAGCUGGGCUUGGGCCAGGAAACAGACGGCCGGCAACUGGGAGGACACCCUGGCUUCAGGGCUCCCCGCGUCACCUGUCACACGCACCCCAGGGCCUCUGUGGGCUGCAGGCAGGC